AUGUCUCAGUGUGGAUAUCCUUCUGCAUAUGUGGUGGACACCCAUGCCACCCGGCCUCCACUGCCACCCAGGCUGAAUCAGGGGCGACAGCGUGGUAAGGCAACGCAGACCGUGUUGAUCAUGCUCGUGGCCUUGGCUUUGAGCGGCAUGGCCAUAGAGGCUUGCUUCAUCUACCACCUCUACCAACAGGAAUCAGCCGCCUCAGCAUCAGCCUCCAAGAUCAUUGCAGAUCAAGCCAUGACACCAACUAAAACUCCCAGUCUUAUUAUGCCUCCUUCCAAACCGCUUGCACAUCUGACAGACGGACAAGACGUACAUCAUGACAAUGAAAUCAUGGCAUGGAGCAUGAAUGCAGAGCCUCCCCUCUAUGGAAUGAAGUACAUAGACAGCAGUCUCGUCAUUCAGCAGGAGGGCUAUUACCACAUCUAUUCCAAGGUGUUCUUCCACGACACUGGUUUUUUCAACCAUUCUAUUCAUCGGAAAACUGAGCGGUACCCUGGGAAAAGCAUCCCCCUCCUGGUGUCCAGAAAAUACUCAGAGCGGUCCAGCAGAGUACGAUCCAACAGUUACCUGGGUGGGGUGUUUCACCUCACCAAAGACGAUGCGAUUUUUGUGAAAGUGAGCAACACCUCAAAAAUCGUGCGUCACAAAUACUUCGAGAACACCUUUGGCGCGUAUAUGUUAUAAAUAUCACAUUGAUAUAUUCACCAUGAAUCGCAAAGCUUGGAAUAACAGUAAAUAAAAGCUGAGAAUAAAUGUUCGAGAAGCUUCUUGAGGGUUAGUGAUUCUCUUUGUAAAGACGAAGUAGGUCCAUACGUGGACAGAUAGGCAGGUGUGGAAACCUCUUGGUGCCUGAUAGCUUUUUUAUUGAGGGGUGAAACUCUUCAAUUUUUAAGGUAUGUUUGUAACAAAACUUUUCUUCUCAGGGGAUUUUUAUAUGAUUGUGCUUGUAUAUUUUAAACGUAAUCUGGAUAGAUUUUUAUCCUGAGUGUAUGUGUUAUGAAGCGUUCACAUGGAAUCAGGCAGACGGCACCCAAACAACACCCUUUGAAUGGCAUGGGUAAAACAGAUAUGAAGACUAUACGUUGCAAUGCGUAUGUUGAAUUGGUUACAAAGAAUAGAUUAAAGAAUUUAAAAUCAAAUUAUCUUGUGUUUAUUUUAUGCAAUUGUUCCAGUAAUGCCCCAUGUUCUGUCCUUGUUUGAAAGGGCGACAUCAGCUUGUAAAUUCUGUCGUGGAGGAUGGCCAAAAGUUACAUCUACUUCUAUCGUUGCUGGUAUUGUGUGCCAGCCUGAUUUUAUUGUCCUGCCUCCUUCCCUUAAAUUGAUAUCGAGUUUCCCGUCUGCGUGAUUCAGUGUGAACGCAGCCUCUUGUUCAUGCUUAAAUGAAAAACAUAAAAACCAUAUUCAUUAUUGUGUGCUGUAAUACACACUGCAUGCUAUUUAUUUAUUCCUCCAGUAUAUAAUUGCUUUACUUCUGCCGUAUUUAUGUAGAAUGAUGUGUUCAAAAGAUUCAA